AUGAAUUUUUAUUCAUUGAAGAAGUUAGCAAUGUCUAAGCUUAUUUUAAGACCUCUUCUAGUACGAUAUUGUUCUAAGAACACAGCAUUGCCAAGGCGGGAUCCAAAUUUAAGUAGCGAACCCUCGAACACUCCUCAUCCACCGAAAGAUCCACCGGAAGUUGGUUAUGAUCCAGUGGGUGUAAAACAUGUUGGCAUAGACGUCCCAGGCUACAUAAGGCCAGCUGCAUUUCGUCAAUUUGAAUGUCCCGAAGAGCGAUUGGGCCCUGGAGCAGGUCGUGGGAAAAAAUAUAAAAAUGGCCAAUAUUUUGGCUACCAUCGUUAUUCCUUCUUUGAACUGCAGAAUCAAUCCCUGGAGUUGAGGGAUGAUAGUCGCUUGGGUGGAGGCGGUCAAGUCAUUAUCGAAGUCGAUGCAGAAGCCGAAUGUGAUGAGAUGAGUUUAGAGCAAAUGAAACAACUGGAGGCGGAAUGUGAGAAACAAAUUGCUAUUCAGGCCAAAGAGAUUGAGGAGGCAAAAUUAAAGGCCCAGUGCGAAGCUCAAGAUAAGGAAAAGGAUCGUGCAAGAGAAGAUAAGUUCCUGAAAAUGAGUAAAAAUGAACAGAAAGCCUUCUGUCAGGCUGAAGAAGAAUUGAAUAACAAAAAAGACCCAUUCAAAAAGCCACAGGAUAUGAAUAAGGACGAGCUGAAAGCUUGGUGUGAGGCCGAGGAGAAACGAGAGGAAAUAUUAGAGAAAGCUAGAUAUGAUAAGAAGAGCCGAGAGCACGAACAACAGAUGGAUAUUGGAGAAGAAUCUAUGCAGAAAAAGGUAGCCGAACUAAAAGCCAAGUGUGAAGAGCAAGAGAAAAAGAAAAAGGAAGUAGAACUUAAGGCUAAACAGGCAGAAGAAGAUAAAAAGAAAAAGCAAGCGGAACUCAGGGCCAAAAAAGAAGAGGAAGAAAAGAAGAAAGAAGCAGAACUAAAGGCCAAAUGUGAUGCAGAAGAAAAGAAAAAGCAAGCGGAACUCAAGGCCAAAAAAGAAGAGGAAGAAAAAAAGAAAAUGGAAGCCUAUCUUAAGGCCAAAUGUGAACAGGAAGCCAAAAACAAAAAGGAAACCGAAGCCAAACUAAAGGACAAACAAAAGGAAGACGAGUUAAAGAAACAGGAAGCUGAUCAAAAAGCCAAAUGUGAACAAGCCGAGCAAAAGAAAAAAGAAGCUGAUCAAAAAGCCAAAUGUGCUCAAGAAGAGCAAAAGAAGAAAGAAGCAAAAUGCUUGGAGGAAGAGUUGAAGAAAAAGGAAGCAAAAUUAAAGGCCAAUCUUGCAGAGGAAGAGAAAAAGAAAAAGGAAGCUGAAGAAAAAGCCAAAUGUGAUCCAGAAGUACAAAAAAAGCAAGCGGAACUAAAGGCCAAAAAAGUUCAAGAAGAAAAGAAGAAAAGGGAAGCCUAUCUUAAGGCCAAAUGUGAUGCAGAAGAGAAGAAAAAGCAAGCGGAACUCAAGGCCAAGCAAGAAGAGGAAGAAAAGAAGAAAAUGGAAGCCUAUCUUAAGGCCAAAUGUGAACAGGAAGAGAAAAAUAAAAAGGAAGCCGAAGCCAAACUAAAGGACAAACAAAAGGAAGACGAGUUAAAGAAACAGGAAGCUGAUCAAAAAGCCAAAUGUGAACAAGCCGAGCAAAAGAAAAAAGAAGCUGAUCAAAAAGCCAAAUGUGAUCAAGAAGAGCAAAAGAAGAAAGAAGCAAAAUGCUUGGAGGAAGAGUUGAAGAAAAAGGAAGCAAAAUUAAAGGCCAAUCUUGCAGAGGAAGAGAAAAAGAAAAAGGAAGCUGAAGAAAAAGCCAAAUGUGAUCCAGAAGUACAAAAAAAGCAAGCAGAACUCAAGGCCAAAAAAGAAGAGGAAGAAAAAAAGAAAAUGGCCGCCUAUCUCAAGGCCAAAUGUGAGCAGGAAGAGAAAAACAAAAAAGAUGCUGAGCUAAAAGCCAAAUGCAAGGAGGACGAAAAACAGAAAGACGAAGCCAAACUUUUGGGAAAAUGUGACAAACAAGAGUUAAAAAAGAAAGAAGAGCAAACAACCAAAGCUGAGGAUCCUAAAAAGAAGAAUUAACAAAUAUCAAUAAAUGCAAACAAAUUGUCAAAGGCUCUUAAAUAAAGUAAAAUAAAU